ACAAAAUUGCAAAAAUGGUCCCUGUGGUAUGCAAAAUUUUGGGGUUUUAGUCCAAACCACGAGUUUUUUGGAACCAUAGUCCUUUUGGAGUGGUUUCUAUGUGGUUUUGGUCCCUGGACUUAACUCCCGUUAAGUUGGAACUGUUAAGCCCCCUCACGUGCCUCACACGUGAGGGUAAUUUCGUCAUUUCAUAUGUCAGGGACCAUUUUUGCAUAAACGUUUUUUUGGAUUAAUUGACAUUUACCCCUCAUUUACUUUCCCCAACACUCGUCAACUCCCCAACUCCCUCCUUCUUGCUUCUGCUCCAUUGAACCUGUAAAAAACCCUCGUUGCUUAUCCAAACAAGAUAAUCGACACUACACAUAUAAGGGCAUACGUUUAAUACGAAAUGGUGUUCGUAAUGUGGCAUAUCAGACCAAAACACGAAGUUGUUGAUGUAUCAACUGUAUAUGCUGGUGCACCCACAUGGUUUAGUAUUAAGCUUCAUCACGGUGGGAAAUUUACUAAAUUACCUGAUAUAAAGUACAUUGGAGGUGAAGUGUGUUAUGUUGAUUAUGUGGACAUUGAUGAGUUUUUUGUGCAUGAACUUGAUGCCAUAAUGCUUGACCUAGGUUACCCAGACCCACGGAAUUCUGAAUUCGCUGAUGAAUCCCCAGUUAUAUACUACCAUUUUAGGAUACCCAAUGGUGACUUUCAAUUUGGUCUUAGAGCUUUAGGGAAUGAUCAGGAUGUGAUCAACCUUUCUAAAUACAUUGCACAUAACAAGCUGAUUGAGGUGUACACAGAGCAUGGAAAGACAAAUUUAUUGACUUACUUCAUGUCACCAAAUGCAAAGGGUAAAGUUGUCAUUGAGGAAUUACCAGAAAAUGAUGAUCAAGGGGCUGAAGUUGAGGGUCAAGUUCAUGCAGAUUCUCCAAUGAAAAAUGUGAACCAUGGUAAUGGUGAGCCUAUUGGUGAGUUCAUGUCUCUGAUUCUUUUUGGGAGUAAGAAUGAUAGUUUCUCACCAGAGUAUAAAAGGGGUAGGGUUGGGAAUUCCAAAAUAGGUGAAAGUUCUUGUAGCAAGAGGCUUAAUUUAGAUUAUAUUGAUGAGGUUGUUCACAUUUCAAAGGAAAAGAAUGAUGAUCAAGAUGGUUCAACUAAUGUUCAGGAAGCAGCAACUUGUGUUCAUAUUGAUGAGAUGGAUGGUGUUAGGGAGGAUGCAAAUGUUGUUCAAGAGGCAUCAACUGUUGAUGAAGAAGGCUACAACACCCCCAUGUUAAUAAUGCUGAUGAACAAUUGAAUGAGUUAUUUGAUAACCUUAUGGAAAAUUUGAUUGGGAGUGAUGAUGAUAAUGCAGAGUAUGAAGGGGAUGGAGAAUCUGAAGAGGGUAAUCAAGAGUAUGAAGAGGAUGAUGAAUCUCAAGAAAGUGAUCCAAAUUUUGAAGAGUAUGAUGAAUCUGAAAAUAGUGAUCCAGAGUAUGAAGAAGAUGAGAAACAAAUAGAAGAUGAA